GUGCGCCUCAAUUUUGCGGGUCAAGCCUCGGUCUCGAACGCCGGUCGCAUGUGAUUUACGCUUGAGGAUAUCGCAAAAUGUCUUUAUAUGAUGAUCUUGGCGUUGAAACCAGUGAUUCAAAAACAGAGGGAUGGUCAAAAAACUUCAAGCUCUUGCAGUCACAGCUGCAAGUGAAGAAGGCAGCCCUUACACAAGCAAAGACACAGAGGGCCAAACAGAGCACUGUACUUGCUCCUGUAAUUGAUCUCAAGCGAGGGAGUGGUGCUGAUGACAGGCAGAUUGCAGACACCCCACCACAUCUGGCUACUGGGCUAAAGGAAUCAGUGCCUACUGGGUUCUCUGCUGGCGAUGUAUUGGUUCCUUUAGCUGACGAGUAUGACCCCAUGUAUCCCAAUGAAUAUGAGAAAGUGGUAAAACGUCAGAGAGAGGAGAGACAAAGGCAACGUGAAAUUGAAAGACAGAAAGAAAUAGAGGAACGAGAAAAGAGGAGAAAGGACAGGCAUGAAGCAAGCGGGUUCUCGCGUAGACCUGAUCCUGAAUCAGAUGAAGACGAAGAUUAUGAGAGAGAAAGGAGGAAGAGGACAAUGGGGGGAGCGGCUAUUGCACCACCCUCAUCUCUUGUGGAGAAGGACAGAGAAUCUAUAGUUCCGCAAUAUGAUGAUGAACCCAGGCCCCGACCUCCCGUUGCGAAAGCCGCCAUACCACCACCUAUAUAUGAUGAACCAGAGAGGUCGCGCUCACCACCUAUGCCUAGUAAUUCCUUCAUUGCGAAUAUGGGUGGUACCGUUGCUCACAAAAUAAUGCAGAAAUAUGGCUUCAGAGAAGGACAGGGACUUGGAAAGCAUGAACAAGGGCUGAGCACUGCCCUGUCUGUUGAAAAGACAAGCAAGAGAGGAGGAAAAAUCAUUGUUGGAGACGUGGCAGAUAAGGUGGAAACAUCAAAAAAAGCAGAACCGAACCCUCUAACAGAAAUGUUAAAGUUUCCGACAAAGGUGGUUUUACUACGGAACAUGGUGGGUGCAGGUGAGGUUGAUGAGGAUCUUGAAGGUGAAACAAAAGAAGAAUGUGAAAAGUAUGGUAAAGUUGGAAAAUGCGUAAUAUUUGAGAUCCCUGGUGCACCUGACGAGGAUGCAGUGAGGAUAUUUUUGGAAUUUGAACGGGUGGAAUCUGCAAUUAAAGCUGUGGUUGAUCUGAAUGGGAGAUAUUUUGGUGGCAGAAUAGUAAAGGCGUCUUUUUACAACCUGGACAAAUUCAGAACUCUGGAUCUCGGGGAUUAGCCCAACACAUUGAGACUUCCUUUUUAUUUCAGACCAUUUGUAUAAAGAAAACGGAAAUGAACCCUCUUAAGUGCUAGAUGGGUGCACAUUGUUUUCCUUUGGCUAUGUUUGUCACGUUUAUUGUGAUGAGCCUAUUUUUUUCCUUGUUGGUUUCAUUUUUAUAGCAUAAAAUACUUUUAAAACAGUUUAAGAAGUGUUCAUAUGACCCCUAAUUGUACUAUGGUAUUUGUGUUCUGUUGUUCUGUCUACAACAUCUUAUAUCCCAGUAAUGGAUUUCUAAUUGGCUUUAAAUAUACACAGAAUUAUUUUUAUAUCUUGUAAGCUGUGUCAAUUGUAUAUUUUUAGUUCCCAGAAGAUUUUUUUUUUUAAAGGAAGGACAUGAUGGUUUGUUCGCACAAGAUAUCACCAAAUGUAGAAGUUUGGUUGCCAUGUGUAUUAUUCCGCGUAAACAUUUGUAUUGACUAAAUCUUAGGUUUUAAAUUAACUUGUUGCAAAGGAAUAAACAGAAAAGUCUAUUUCA